AUCGUGCAAGGGAGGAGAUGCCUGCGGGAGGAGAGCGAUGAGACUUGAGUUUUUAGGGUUUAGAGCGUUUUAGGGUUGGGGUGUUGGACAUGAUUGCAGUCGGUUUGCUCGUGAAAGAUUGCAGUCCGGUCGCUGCGUUGUUGGAAUUGUUACUUGCCGGUUCUGAUGUAAUUUGUGGCAUUUAAAAUUUAAUUUAAAGCUGCAUAUGCUGGCUCGGGAUUCCUCUGUCCAUCCGGAGCUUUUCUGCUCUUGACACGAUCUUGCGGAUUGUGUUUUCAUGAAUUGCUGGUCGCUUGCAAGGACGGGCAACAAUCGAGGUCUUGAGGAAGACUGUAGCGAUGCGAAAAGUGGCAGUCUGAUGAUUGUGAGGUUUAUAAUGUGGCUGCACCGGGACAUGACUUGAAAGGCUGACUGCUCCGUGUAUGGGGUGAGAAGGUGGGGCUGAGAGAAGAAGCGCAUUCGGGUAAUUAAGUGAAUUUCAAGCUGGAAGUAAUGGAGCUUGACGAUAUGGAGACAUCCACCACAGCUCCACCGCGGAAACGGAAGCCGAGAAAAAACAAGAACAAUCAAUUGCCUGUUCUUCCCCUGCCUCUGGAGGAUGGAGUGGAGCCUCCCCCAGACGGCGAGAAUAAUAUGCAGCAGAUUACGCGAACGAAAACUCGUGCGCAAUUGAGCAUUGCCGAUAAGCAAGAGAUUUGCAAAAUGCAUGAAGAGAGCCCACUUCUGUCGCACGAGGAUAUUUUAGCUCAGUUUCUGCUCAAAAGGAAGCUGCAAAUUGGGAGGUCUACCGUUACCAAAAUUCUGAAAGAGAAGGAGAAGUGGUUGGCGGUCGACUGUGCUGGAAUGGCAGACGAGGGCAGGAGAAAACGGGCACGGAAGUCUCCUUUCCUUGGGUUGGAAGCGGCUCUGUACGCUUGGUACAGCCAGAGCGUGCAGAAGCAGAGCACCACGAAGAGCAUGACGGAUUCCCAAUUGCGAGACAGGGCCAAACAACUGGCACGGGAAGCAGGAAUUGAAGAUUUCAAGGCCAGCGAUGGAUGGCUCGCCAAUUUCAAGAAGCGGCAUAGCAUAAAGCUCAGCAAUGUCACUCAUGAGCCUCAAGAUGCCGACCAGGCGGGAAUCAACAGAGCAACGAGUGUGUUACAAAAGAUAAUUGACGAGCUUGGAUUUCAGCCGCAAGAUGUCUUCAAUUUUGGUGAAACUGGCCUGUACUUCAGAGCACAGCCCGUUAAAACUCAUGCUACUAUUCCUCUGAGAGUGAGAAAGCUACAGAAGGACAGAAUUACAAUAGGUUUUUGCCUGAAUGCCACCGGCGAAGAAAAGCUUAAAUUGGUUGUAGUGUAUAAAACGAAGCAACCUCGCUGCUUCGCCGGCUGGAAUCCUGAUACUCUGGUCCACUAUCACCAUAACAAUCAUGCCCGAAUGACCAAUACUGUUUUCGUAGACUGGGUUCGAAAAGUCAACCGAGAUAUGGCGAAACAACGUAGAAGGAUUCUCAUUCUGUUAGAUAACGCUCCCAGUCAUGAUAUACCUGGGCAUGAGAAGGUUAGAAUCCAUACAUUUCAAACCAUUCAGCUCUCCUCUGUUACAUUACUCUUCUUCCCACCUAGGACAACGUCUGCAGUGCAGCCUCUAGACGCAGGUUGUAUCGAGGCCUUCAAGAUGCACUAUAGGAAACAUCUGCUUACCUGGAGCCUGGAUGAUCUUGAGAGUGGGCAGCCAGGGAACUCGGGCGCUCAUGCCAGGAAUUUAGCGAGUGUAAAAGAUGCUAUCAUCUGGGCUGUGCUUGCUUGGGAAGAGGUUGGGCAGCAAACAAUCCAGCAGUCUUGGUGCAAGGUCAAUAUCUCUCCUGCAAUUUGGAGUGUUGACCUUAACAAUGCCGACGAAAGGGAACAUGUUCGAAUGCAAACCGGCGUGGAGUACGAACUGGGGACGCUCAUUAGCAAUCUCAAUCUUGGCGAACUAGCCAUGAAUCUUAAUCAGUAUAUCAUGAUGCCCGGGGAGGAUCAGACUGAGACAUCUUACACAGAUGAAGAAUUGUUGCACAUGAUCCGGGAUGUGGAGUCAGGCACCACGACCCCAGAUGACCAUCUUCUUGCUCUGACAGAACCCGGCAUCGAUGUGCCAGAAGAUAGAUUGCCUACCGGUGUGCCACUUGAUGAUGCAAGACGGAUGUUCAGAGGAGCUGCCCAAUUCAUGGCAGCAAACCCUCAGAUGUUCACCUCUGAAGACCUUCUGACUUUGCAGCGGUGGUGUUAUAAAGUCAGCAAGGCAACACUAGUUGAUAGAGAGCGCCAACAGCAGAGUCGAAUCAUGAGCUUCUUCUUAGAUGAGUAAAAUGUUACCUUAGGUAGUUUCAAAAAUCCACCCUGUGAAUUUUGUAAACAUGUAUGUGAAUAUUGUUUAGAGCUUCUAGAUCUUCCCUUUAAAUGAAGGUAUUCCUGAGGUCCGUUCCUUUUGGCUUUUUCA